AUGCCAACAAACACAGCUGGCUCGACUCAAGGCGAUUCCGACGACACUUGUGUGAUAUGUCUCUCUCCAGUAACAGAGAGGGCCAUCGCCUCUCCAUGCAACCAUUACACGUUUGACUUUGUGUGUCUAGUGUCCUGGUUGCAGCAACGGUCGACCUGUCCUCUAUGCAAAGCGCAAGUUGCAGCUGUACAGUACGACUGGCGCUCCCCGACCGACUACAAAAGCUAUACUGUUCAACGCACCCACCCACCCAACAAUCACCCACCUACAAAUGCCUCUCUUUUCGCACCUUACGGACUGCCGAGCAGACCACGCGGCCCACGUCGCCCAUAUUCGCCGCCGAUUGAAGAUGUUGCGUUGCGCAGACGCAGGGACGUGUACCGAAGGAAACUGUAUUCGAUGCAUGUCGGCAGUAAUCGCUUUUCAGGAUACCGUGACAUUUCUCCCCGUUUGAUCGCAAACUCGCCUGAACUGCAGUCGAAAGCACGUGCUUGGAUUCGGCGCGAACUCCGCAUUUUUACCUACCUGCACACCGAGUCGGAGGCUUCAUCCUCCGAUGCAGUUACAACAGGUAGCAACGCUGAAUUCUUGCUGUCGUACAUUGUCUCUAUCCUGAAAAUGGUAGAUCUGAGGGCAAGUAGCGGACACGCGGAGAAUCUUUUGGCGGAAUAUCUGGGCAGAGAGACCAGCAAGCUUUUCCUUCAUGAGCUGAACAACUGGCUAAGAAGCCCAUUUACCAAGGUUGGGGAAUGGGACCAACAAGUUCAGUAUCAAGAAGAUUUGGAACAAGAUUAG